UAGCAAGUCAAGCAUUGAUGUUUUGGAGCUAGAGCUCCCCUGUACAUAUACCAACCAGGGAUCUCUCCACGCAUUCUCUCCCAAUGAGUAGUGAGACGAUCCCCAAGUCUCGCUGCUAGCAAUCGAGCGAGCGAUGAUCUAGCGAUCUUGAUCUUGAGAGAGCUUCCUGCAAUUCGAAUUUACUCCCCUGCAAGGAAGAGGAAUCCCUGGUACCUCGAUCGGUUGAAGCAUUUGUGCGCAUUCAAUCGAAUCGAGGCCUGGUUGCGUUCGCUCAGAUCCAAUUCCUCCCUUGCAGCAGAUCAAUCGGUACGUACCUGAUCGAAUUGGAGCGAGAGGAGAAGCCUUAAGAACGGCGACGGCGAUGGCGGUGAAUUGGGGAUCCAAUUUCGCAAUGUGGGUGAUUCUAGCCAUGGUCCUGACACUCGCAAGCUCGAGCUCCUCCCAGCUCUCGUUCGGUUUCUACAAGAAAUCUUGCCCGGGGCUGGAGAGCACGGUGAGAUCGACGAUCAUGAGCAGCCUCUUUGGCGAUCCCACCGCCGCGGCGGCGCUCCUCCGCCUCUCCUUCCACGACUGCCAAGUCGGGGGCUGCGACGCAUCGAUCCUGCUCAACAACAAGGGCUCCAUCACCAGCGAGAUGGUGUCCGAUCGAAAUUUCGGCGUCCGGGAGCUCGCGAUCAUCGAUCGGAUCAAGGCGGCGGUGGAUGCGCAAUGCGGCGGCGGAGAGGUCUCGUGCGCGGACAUCGUCGCGCUGGCGGGCCGGGACGCCGCGGCGAUUGCUGGCGGCCCGGAUUUCCCCAUCCAGCUCGGGCGGAGGGAUGCCACAUUCGCGAGCAAUCGCGCCGCCGACGCGGCGCUGCCCCCGCCCACGAUCAGCGUCGACAAAUUCCUGGAAAUCUUCCGCGCCAUGGGCAUGUCCAUCGAGGAGAGCGUGGCGAUCAUGGGCGCGCACACGCUGGGCGUCGGCCACUGUCUCAACAUCGUCAAUCGCCUCUACCCGACCCUGGAUUCCAACCUCAAUCCCUUCUACGCGGCGCGCCUCCGGAUCAGCUGUCCCGUCUCGGAUCCGCGAUUCAUUCUCAACACCACCACGGUGAUGAACGAUUUCACCAGCUUGCGAUUCGACAAUCGCUACUACCAGGAGGUGAGCUCCAGGCUCGGGCUCUUCAGCAUCGACGCGGCGCUGGGCCAAGACUCGAGAACCAGCACCGCCGUAGCGAAAUUCGCCCAGGACCAGAACCAAUUCUUCCAGACAUACAUCACCGCCUACCAGAAGCUCACCGCCCACAAGGUGCUCACGGGCAGUAGCGGCCAGAUCAGGAAGAACUGCCGCUACGUGAAUUGAUUCGUUUGUUCUCCCCUGUUCUUCCCUCGCUGUUUCCUUCGUCAUACCCUGCAUUUUCCCUGGUCAUACCCCACCUUUACCUCCACGUCACCAUUUUUGUAGAAAAGAACCGGAAUUUUGCCCGGAAUAAAGAUUUAAACGAGUGGUUGUGGAUGUAUCAUCGUCUGGGGCAGAUUUCUUUCUUCCCAGGCGCAAUGGCGCUAGCAUCGCGGCAUGGCGUCCACGCUCUCGGCGCGCCAUCGCCGUUCCUCCACCGGAGGAGCGGAUUAAAUCCUCUUCCCAGCAGGAACCACGUCGCGAUCGCCAGGAGGAGUAGUCUCAUCCGGGCCAAGAAGUUGGAAUCGUCGUCGCCGUCUUCCUCCGGUAAGAAUGUGAAGCAACCAGAUUCUUCCUCCAAGGUCGCGAUUUCGGAUGACAAGCAGAAAUCCGGAGCGAAAUCCUCGUCGUCGUCGAAUCCCACUCCAGCUCCUUUUCCCAACGACGAUUAUUUCGAUCCAGGAAUGGUUCCAGAUUUCUGGGAAGGGCCGCAGUGGAACUGGCUGGGAUUCAUCCUACAGUAUCUCUGGGCGAUUGGAAUCGUGGUAGCGGUCAUCACUUGCGGGAUCCUGUUCGUAACUUACAAGCCUAGAGAGGCCGAUUAUAGGUUCCGGGAACCGCCUAGCUUGGAGGACGUAAAAAAAAUCCUGGAUGAGCGUCGCAGUCCCGGCGAGGUUGAAGAACAGGCAGCACCAGCUCCACAAAUCGAAGAACAAGCGUCCAAAUUCGAGGAGGAAAAAGAGCCCGAGAUCAAGGAGGCCGAGGUGGUGGAGUCCGAGAUAGUGGAGCCCGAGCUCUCCAUCAAUUAGUACCAGAGCUAUACAUGGAUCUAUUCGGAUACGCCGUCGAAAACAAGCACAGGUUACGAGCAUCACAGCGCUAGUGAGUUCUUUCCAAAAUUUUCUCGCGAAUUUUUUACGCAAGUUCUUCGUUUUCAUCCGAAAUCUAAUCCAACUAGCAGAGUCGAGGCU